CUGAGGCUCUCCAGGACCGGAGUUCGCCACCCCUGGUAUAGCCUAUUGUGGAUUGUGUUUCGUUGUAAUAUGCUUGUGGCCGCCGGGGGUCGCUGUAGCCGCAUGCGCAGAAUGACGCUGACGCACAGCCUCGGCUCGGACCCGCUCAGCUGCGGGAAUAACAACAUGGCGGGCAAUUCAAAAGGGCAGCUGCUGUCUGUGCGAGUUUACAACACCCUUCAGAGUCUGGGCUGUCCUCUGGUGGAUGGGCUGUACCUGCGGGAGCCGGACAGUGUGCAGGAGCUCCUCUGCUCUCCUUCAUUACACAGGACUGAUCUACUCAAGUGGAUUUGCGCCAGCAUUUGUCCAUCCCUAAAGGAGAAGUUUUCCACAAUUAAAGCAACUCAGAAUGAGGAUUUAGUUCAAGAACUCGCACGGUUUGGUUAUGAAAUGAUGUUAUGUAAAGCUAACGACCAGGAUUUAAUCAAGGGUUUUGCACCACCAUUACAGCAGCUGAGGUUUCUGGAGCAGCUACUGAUGGUCAUUCAAGCGGACUCCUCCAUAAACUCUAGGCAGAACUCAUCCUCUGGUGAUGACGGUGUGAGGAACGAUGAUCUUCUUGGGGAACUAAUGUUUCAGGAUCACUUAUCAGACCUGGAUAUGCUCCUGAAUCCAGUCUGCAACCCGUGGCCUGCGCAUAUCCGUGAACAUCUAAUACGCACACAGUCAACUCACAACAAAAUGAAUGGAAAACAACACAGUAAACCCAGUGAUUUCAUAAACAGGGGUGAUCAACAUUCCCGACUAGGAAGUCAUGGAGAAGAAAGCCUGACAGAGGCCAUGGCGCUGCUGCAGUCUACGCAGAGCACAUUAGUCGAGCUCCACAAAGAGUGUGAAUUCCUUCACUCACAUUCGUCAGGUUCGGCAGCUGUUCUGUCCCCCUGUGCGCUGAAAGUGGCCAUCUCAGACAUGUCUCAGCUCAUGACGGCUUUCGGACACAUCUACAACACAGACUUUAAGGCGUACUGCCAAAGAGCCCCUCCGGCCCUCAGUUCUGGCGCUAUUGUGUUUCAGUCUGUACAUCAGCUCCUGCACACCUGUAAUGCGGAGCUCGAGGGUCUUAAGCAGCUGUCUGAAACCUCGUCGUCUCUCACACAAACAGUGCAACAGCUGCAGACAGACAAGCGGUACUGGUCUAAAGGGGAGAAGCACACGAUGCGUGAGUGA